AUGGACAUGGUCAAGUGUACUUGGGCCACCAGGCAAUAUCUCCUCCAGGAUACGGCAGUCCCUAUCCUGGCUCUCGCCCUCCUUCGUCGACACUUCCAUUCACUGGCCAGCGGUCUCCACCUCAGCCAUUUACUCCAGCACCCGCCGCUCAACCUUCCUCCGAACGUUCCCGUCACUCUCGCAGCGCUCCCCGACUUCCCGCCCGAUGUACCACCUAAUCUUUCUCUCUCUUUGCUUGCCCAAGUUGCGAUCUAUGGGAGCCCGCGCAAGCAAUUGACCCUGCACGAGAUACACCGAGCCAUCGAACAGCGAUACGAAUAUUUUCGCCAUGCGGAGAAAUGGAAGGACUCCCUUCGUCAUGUGUUGUCUUUGAGAAACCCCUUCCGCAACAUUGAACGGCCAAUGCAGGAGCCGGGAAAGGGCGGGUAUUGGACCCUCGACUUUUCGGAAGGGGAGGGGAACAAGCGUGUCCGCAAACGAGGGAAAAGUACCGGCCCCAGGAAAUAUGACCAAGAAAGUGGUGAAGAAGGCGACACAGACGUCGAGUCGGGCAGCGAGUACGAGGAUCAUCGCCCGUAUGGCCAUCUCUAUGUCGAUACUGCCUCGCGGAUUCAGCAAGAGUUUUCUCCGACGCCGUCUCCAAGCAGUUCCAGCUCUCGCUCCAGCGGUGGGAUACCAUCGACAGUAGCUCCAGGACCAACAAUUUUUCGUCGCGCCACCAUGUCUGCUUCUCAUCCUUACCCGCCCUCUUUCCCUUCCCAUCCACCAACACACUUACAGCACCAGCAAGGGCCUGUUCGCGACUCCAGGAUGUUACGAGGCCACUCCUCAUUGCCCCCGGCCCACGAGCAAGGCGUGCCACGUGGUGGCCAAGGCGACAGGCCAUGGUCCCCAGGGCGGGCUUGA